AUGUCCUCUACUCAAGAUUCCGCCACCAAGAUCUCUAUCGAUAGAUUCGAUGGAGACAACUACGCGACGUGGAGCCGCUACAUGCGUGGCGUGUUCCUGACCAAGUCGACGUGGCACGUGGUCAACCGGGAGACCACCCCCACCUUCGCCGAUCCUCGCGCCAGUGAUGAGUACGUCAAGACGAACAACAUUGUGUUCGGCUUGAUGUUACUUCACAUGAGCGCGGACUAUCAUCACGUGGUUGAUGACUGCGACGAGGCAUGGGUUGCGUGGACACGGUUGAAGACUCUCUACGGCGGAUCGCAGAAGGCUGGACGGAUUUUCUUGAAGCGGCAGCUGUUCAGCAUGGAGAUGGCGGAAGGCGGCAAUGUAAUGCAUCAUUGCAAUGAAGUUCUCAACAUCAGCGCCAAGAUCAGCAGCAUCGGCGCCAAGAUGGAGGAUGAGGACGUGGCGAUCUGCUUGUUGUGCAGCCUCCCCAAGAGCUACGAGAACGUCGUGCUGAACUUGGAGAUGAGCAGCGCGGAACUGCGGACGCAAGACGUCGUGAAAGUACUGACGAAUGAGCACAUCAAGAGACAAGGGAAAAAGACGACAUCGGUGAAAACUGAAGAAGCGACCAAGGCCUUCAGUACCGAGCGUGAGGUUCGUCAGUGUACGUUCUGCGGAAAAUUGGGGCACACGGUGGAAAAGUGCUGGAUCAAGCAGAAGGAAGACAAUCGGGGAGCUCGACGCGGCGGCAAUGCACGUGGACGCGGAGCGAAUCAAGUUCAGUGGCAAGGCUACAACGGCAACAGCAACUGUGACUAUGAUCGAGUGGCGUUUGCUGUUUCGCUGGAAUGCGGACUUUCAACGACCAAGAGCAUGUCUGGAAUGUGGGCGAUUGAUAGCGGCGAAGUGUUGGUUGCAGAUGGGAACAAGGCUGCGAUCAACGGUGUCGGGACAAUCAUCGAAAAGGUGACCCUGUCCAACGGUGAAGAGCGCGAAGUCGAGAUCAAGAAUGCGCUUUACGUCCCAAGCAUGAACAAAAACUUGCUUUCGAUACCACAAAUCAACAAAAGCGGCAAGUUUCAAGUGGUGUUUGAUGGUGACGAGAUGAAGAUUUCGAACAAAGGCUCCAAGCAAGUAAUAGCGAUGGCCGAUCUUGUGGAUGGCCUCUACUGGCUUCGUACAACCCAGCGAUCCGCGAAUGCGGCUUCAGGACUAAGAGUCUAA